AAGCUAUAGGGAAACACAGACACAUAUGAUAUAACCAAGAAUUCCCAGACAUCUCCUUUUGGGUCCCUCACUUUGUGUCCUUAUCUUCUACCUUUUUGUCCUUGUUCCUUUCCGGUCUGGUCCUCCUUCCCCACUUUUAUAGCCACCACCCACUUCACUCACUCAUGUCUUCUACUUCUUCUUCUUCUUCUUCCUCGUCAUCAUCGUCAUCAUCAACUUCAGCCCCGUAUGACGCUGUUGCUGCUCCUGAUAUCCCAGGACCUAGUACGAGGAGAACCGCGCAAUUUGAAGGCCCUUCCUCCUCUCGACAACGUGCUAUGAAUGAGGUCUUGCCUGAGCCUUUUCUUGAGGCUUUGGCCAACCAACUCGCCAUUGAUGCUGCCAACUACAAUGGUCGUCUUGCUGCUGCUCCUGCACUUGCCAAUUUGUUUCAGGUUUGUUCCACGUGGCGGGAGGUGUCGCGCUCGGAUCUGCUGUGGGAGCACCUCACGAGGCGCAUCUGGCGAAGGACGUUCCGGGUGAGGGACACGUGGCACAGCGACUACAUCAACUGGCAUCGGACGGCUACCAACUUCGAGACUGGAAGGCUGUCGUUUCUGACUCCGCGCUUCGAUCCCUCGGAGCAUCGCCGGGGCUUGAUCUGCCGCUGCCUCUCGCUUUCCGACACCCGCCUGGCGUGCGGCUUCAUAGACGGAACCGUGCGGGUCUUCGACCUCGAAACCUACGACCACGUCAGCACCUACCUCUCCGACCACGGCCCACUCUUCGGGCCCUACUCGCGCUCUGUGUCGGGAAUCGUUAUCAGCGACUCCGACAUCACCUUCGCCAGGCUCGACGGGGAUAUCUACGUGGACGCUAUCAACGUGCAUGGGCAGAGCCAGGCGCGGCGCGCCGUGUCGGGGUUCGUGAUGAACAACGGGGUCUUGGUGGGGUUCGCGGGAACGCGGCGGCGGUGGGUGGGCCUGUUCGCGGGGAUCGCGGGUGGCGCAUUCCAGGUGUGGAACGCGGAGAGCGGGGAGCGCGUGUUCGUCGGGGGGUCGUUGACGGAUCCGGAAACGGUUAUGGGGUGGCACAUGCUGACGGAGUUGGUUGACCCGGUGGGGCGGGUGCGCGUGGCGGAGGGUGAGUUCGUGGUGGCAUGCACUGGUCUGAGGUUGAUCUGUUUCAACGCGUGGAACCCGGAGGUUCUGGUGCGGGACGAGAUCUCGGCGACGGGGUUCGUGGUGAGUUCGAUGGACGUGAGUCCGGAGGCGUUUGUGGUGGUGGAGCGUGCGGGGGUGGGAACGGUGUGGCGCGUGGGGACGAUGGAGUUGAUGAGCCGGUUUAUGUUGAGGGGUUCGUGGGUUCGAGGGUUGUGGGGUUGCAUGAACCUUGGGUACGUGGUAACCUUUUCUCCUCAUCCUUCACCAUUCUUGAGGGUUUGGAACAUUGAGCAAGAGGAUGGACGGUUGUGUGUGAGAGUGUUUCUGCGUGCAGGAGAGGUGAAUAGCAUGGUGGGUGAUGACAGACACGUGGCUAUCUCUUCCAACAACAUUAACCUAUUGGAUUUUGGUGUACAGGAUGAUCCUUAGCCCUAGACUUAGACUUAGGUUUAGGUUUUUAGGAUGUAGGAGUGUACUAUGAUGCUAUGUCCUCCCAUUCAUUCUAACUUUCCAUUCCUUUUUGUACCUAUUUUGAAUUUCACAGAAUUCACCUCCAUUGUUACUCUUUCUUUUCUUUUCUUUCCAUGCAUCUUCAGAUUUCAUUGUUUAGUGACUGCAAAGACAACAAGCAUGGGAAUCCACCAUGCAUGUGCUCAUUUGGAUAUUCGAAUAUUAAAUUGUUUAUGUUGUUGGC